UCCUCCCCCUGUGCCAGUUAUAAAAGUGGAUGUGUGUGAGACACUGAUGGGACUUCACUCACAGAGAUCUCAUUAUAGGCACACUGUGAGGACCAUCCGGCUCCAACUUCUCUUGCAAAAAGGACAAACCAAACAGCAGAAUGCGCGAGUGUAUCUCCAUCCAUGUCGGCCAGGCUGGGGUCCAGAUGGGCAACACCUGCUGGGAGCUGUACUGCCUGGAGCACGGCAUCCAGCCGGACGGCCACAUGCCCACCGCCAAGCCCGCAGGAGGCUACGACGAUUCCUUCACCACCUUCUUCAGUGAGACCGGCACUGGAAAGUAUGUGCCCCGGGCCAUCUUUGUUGACCUGGAACCUACUGUCAUAGAUGAGGUCCGCACGGGCACGUAUCGCCAACUCUUCCACCCAGAACAGCUCAUCUCUGGAAAGGAGGAUGCUGCCAACAACUACGCCCGCGGUCACUACACCGUUGGAAAGGAGCACAUUGACUCUGUACUCAACAGGAUCCGCAAGCUGUCUGACCAGUGCACUGGCCUCCAAGGGUUCCUGGUGUUCCACUCCUUUGGAGGAGGUACCGGCUCUGGCUUCACCUCUCUUCUGAUGGAGCGUCUCUCUGUUGACUUUGGCAAAAAGUCCAAGCUGGAGUUCGCCAUCUAUCCGGCUCCCCAGGUGUCCACCGCCGUGGUGGAGCCGUACAAUUCCAUCUUGACCACGCACACCACCCUGGAGCACUCCGACUGCGCCUUCAUGGUGGACAACGAAGCCAUCUAUGACAUCUGUCGCAGGAACCUAGACAUAGAGCGUCCGUCAUACACCAACCUGAACCGACUCAUAAGUCAAAUUGUCUCUUCCAUCACGGCCUCGCUGCGCUUUGACGGCGCCCUGAAUGUGGACUUGACAGAGUUCCAGACCAACCUGGUGCCCUACCCGCGCAUCCACUUCCCUCUGGCGACCUACGCCCCCGUCAUCUCAGCAGAGAAAGCGUACCAUGAGCAGCUCACCGUGGCGGAGAUCACCAACGCCUGCUUUGAGCCAGCCAAUCAGAUGGUGAAAUGCGACCCUCGCCAUGGCAAGUACAUGGCAUGCUGCCUGCUGUACCGCGGCGAUGUGGUGCCUAAAGAUGUCAAUGUGGCCAUCAGCAACAUCAAAACGAAGCGCUCCAUCCAGUUUGUGGACUGGUGUCCCACUGGCUUCAAGGUGGGAAUCAACUACCAGCCCCCCACUGUGGUUCCUGGAGGAGACCUGGCCAAGGUCCAGAGGGCCGUGUGCAUGCUGAGCAACACCACCGCCAUCGCUGAAGCCUGGGCCCGCCUGGACCACAAGUUUGACCUGAUGUACGCCAAGAGGGCCUUUGUGCACUGGUACGUCGGCGAGGGCAUGGAGGAAGGAGAGUUCUCCGAGGCCAGAGAAGACAUGGCCGCCUUGGAGAAGGACUACGAAGAGGUGGGCGUCGACUCAAUGGAGGACGAGGAAGAGGGGGAGGAGUAUUAGAACAGAAAGAAGAGCGUGUUGUGGACUGAGCAGCUUCAUUUGUGAUACUAACAAGUCAGACCUGUUUAUGUCUCCCAAUUCAUCAUGUCCUGCUUUUGUUGACAUCAAAUUUGAGAACCGAAGGGGUCAUUUCUAUAAAAAAUAGGUCAGUUUAUGUCGACAUGUUAACAUCGUUAUCGCAAAACGUUAAAGCUGUACAAUUACACAGCAUUCAAAUAUGCACAGUAACUUCCUGUUCAGUGCAGAGUAAACUUCAAAAUAAAAGCAUUGGCAGUAUUAACCUGCAUUCAAACAAAAUGCACCCAUAUUUUUUUUUAGAUGGUUAGCCAGAUUAGUGUAUGUAGAAAUGCUUUGUCGUAGUCAAGACAUACGACACAAUGACUGCUGGAUAAAAGUACUAAAUAUCCCAUGAAAACACAAGAAUAAAUAAAGGUAUGCACAAAUGACAUCGACAAACUUUAUUAUCACCCAUUCCCCUUAUGUGUGCGUGGCGAAAGUCGCAAGUCAAUACGCAAGCAAUGGCUGGUUUCCACGUGAGUCAACCAGUCCGAGGGGGCGUCGACAUAAACAGGUUGUUCUGCAUCUACAAAUGUAUAAGCUCCUUCCCAUCAGUUUGCUUUUCUUGAGCUUGACUCUCCUUGGAAGGUCGGAACAUGUUUGUGCCUUCUUUUUCAAAUAAACGUGUUUACAAUCAACAA